UUGAUUUUAAGAUGUUCAUGAAAUUGUGUCUUUGCAGAUGGCUGAUGAUGAGAGUAGGAAGAGGGCAUAUAGUGCUGCAUUCAAUGUUAACCGAGAGUUGGUGCAGCGUAGGCGUAUUCCAUCCCUCUCAAAAGAUGUGCCCUACCUGAUCACUAAGGUGGCAUCGCUACCUCCCCAUGCAGAAUAUGGUCAGGGGUACCAAAUUCAUCUACGUGAUGUGGACAAGAAAAUGUUCUUUGUCAUCCUCCCAAGCCGCAUAGUGGGUAAAAUUGGGGUGGGCAAUUUUGCUCAAUAUGCAGAAGAUAUCACAGCCAGACGGCCACCCUUCCUCAUCUUCAAAGGGCUCGAUGGCAAUGCUUUCGAUGUGUGCAUCCAUCCAUUCAGUACUGAAAUGGUAAAGCUUGCUCUCCGUGGCGAAAGGUUUGUUGAUGAAGCUGCUGUGGAAGAGGUUGUAGACAACUUCGACUGGCUGGACAAUAUUGCGGCUGGGCCUAGCCAUGUGGAAGCAGUUGCUCCGGCGCCUGAAGAUGAUGAAUUGCCUGCGAAGAAAGUUUGUAUUUUAUUUGUAUUUGUAUUUAUUUGUGCAAAGAUGGCGGUCACAAUUGCAUAAGUCAGAUAGGAGAGGGGGCAAUAACAGGCACUUCAGAGCAACAUUUGACAUUUGUGACAUGAGGAGCAACU